AUGACCUCAGCGCGCACUCAGCUCUGUCAGUUGUUUACGAGCGGCCAGCUUCCUCACUCAAGUUCUACGAACAAGAGUGAACUCCGCCGCACGCAGGGAACAUCGCUGCUCCUCGUGAUGGUGCCUCAGUUCCUACGCAACCGCACACCUCCCAGCCCGGCGCGGACAUUCCUUCUCCCCACCUACAGCAGCGCUUCGGCCCACGAGGUCCCUGACAGACGCCCGCCUCAGCCCCUAGAAGCUCCGCGCCGAGGCAGCGGCCGGGCACCGCCUCAGGGAAAGGGGCGGAGGGGCUCCGUCGCCCGUGCCCGCGCGGGCCGGGGCCCGGCUCGGCCCCUCCGCCGCGGCUCCUUCGGGCGCCUUCCGCCAGGGCCCGGCCGCCUUUCGUCCCGGCGCUCCGCCCGGCCGCAGCCUCGCGCGAAGAAGGCCCUCGCCGUCCCGCCCGCCGCCACGCAGAGGCCGCCCAACAGCCAACGGGCCGCCCCACCGCCCCUCACCUCCGUCCGGAGCUCACACCGAGCGCGCCGCCUCAGCCCGGGCCGCGGUGAAUCAGCCGGAUCUCAUUCAAAGCCGGUCCGCCCAGGCCCCCGCGUGUGCUUCCCGGUUCAGAGGGCGCGCGGCAGGGACUUCCGGUGCCGGAGUCGGGUUUGGGGGUGGGGGGGCGGGAAGCCGUGGCAACGCGGUUUGCCUGGCAACGGCGCGCGCCGCCGGCGGGAACGCGCUAAGCGCUCGUGCGCGGGAGCUGCUGCGGCCGUUAAACCGCCUCUCCUGCGGCGCGAGGCGCGCAGGCGAGACGCGAGCGGGACUUGCGGGCCUGAGAGCGUGAGAGAAGUCCGGGAGGCCCCUCGGGUGCCACGUGUUGAUCGUUAUUCUGUCCACCUACAAAUCCACAGCCGUCACAAAGUUACCUGGAGCUCUUGGAGCAGUGGCGUUCAGAAGGACGCUGUCCCUGAGGUGACACUGAGCGUUGAGGUGAAGCGCUCAGGAGGCUUUGCUCUGAAGUUCUGCACCUUAAGCUUGCCUCUAGCUCAGAGCCCAGCUGCGUCCAGCUGGCACCUAUGUGCAGAUAACCAGCAAAUAGGAUGGCUUUGUGUUCCAAAAAUGCAUCAUCUAAUCAAAAAGAGAAUGAUUAUUAGUAGGAACUCCACGUGCAACCAUCUCAAAAGUGAUGUCAUGGGGACUGAGAGGAUUCAGAGGAGAGUAAUAAAGUGCACAUAUGUAUGAAAAAUCACGUGCAGAAAUGGAAAAGAGUGGAAUGGCAACAAUUUUUUCCAUACAAAGAAGACAAAUUUGAGAUAAGAUGCACACUAAUGAAUGAUGUGGAGGAAACAAACUGGAGUUUUCAAUUACCUUUAUGGUACACAGGAGAAAAAUAAACAACAGAAAGACCGGUAAAUGAAAAGUGGAAAAUACAAGGCUGAGGAAUCACAAAUAAUUCUUCAGAUAAUAUGUGACUGUUCUGGAUCUAAGUGUCUCAGGAACUCACUCUGACUAGAACAAUGCUUUUCUUAAAGUGCGUGUUUAUAUAUAGUUGCUAAAAUAUUAUGAAUAUUUAUGAAUAAUUGAACAACUGAAGAACCUAAAAGGCAAUUUCUUGUGUUUCCACAACGAAUGAUCAAGAACAGCAUUACAGUUUGGUUCUGAAGCUCCUUUAAGGAUUGAGAAUGUGAAGUUAGAAGAUGGUCAGCACUUCACUCUCACAGAUGGUUACAAAGAAGCAAGUGCAAAGGUCCCGAGUGCAUUCCAGGCACCAAGUGAACCUAAGCUUUUCCUCUGCAAAGGUAGGAUGUGAAAAUUUUCAUCCUUCUCUGAUUUUUAUUGGUAUGGUAAACAAACUUGAAGAUCUUUUUAUUCCCUGCAAAGAAGGUAUAUGCUAAUAUUGCACUUGUACAUAGUACUUUUGUGAAGAGAUUUCCGUGUUUGUCUUUUGGGUUCCUAAGGGCUGAUGACAGAAGUCUCAGUAACAGACAUCUUAGGCAUUAUUUAUCUGUUCUUUGAAUUGUUUAUGUUAAAAGAAAGUUAAUUUAAAUUACAUUUUAGUUUAUAUUUACAUUAGUUACGUUUUAUUUCAGAUUUCUUUGUUCUGAUAAAAAGAGUGAACACGACUUCUUUGUUUAUCCUUAUUAUUGAAGUGCUAAGCAUGACAGCACUGCCUCAAUGUUGUUUAACUGGUAAAAAUGAGACUAAAUCCAGAUAGGUAAAAUAUCAGAGAUAAGCAGAAUGUUCAAGGUGAAAGUAAAUACAAAAGCUUUGCUGUAAUUAAAUAAAGAUAUGGAAACUGGAUAAUUAAAAAUGAAUAUUUUUAAAGUUUUUAAAAAUUAUUGUAUUGCUGGCAUCUGACUUAUGUGGUUGUAAAAAUGGAAUGCAAUACAAAACACGAUGUAAGCUGUAAUGAGGACAGUUCACAUACUUGUAUGUUAUAUAUUUUUGAGCUUUUGAAGGAUAAUGUAUUUGAAUUAACAUGGUAUGAAAACAUCUUGUGUUGAGACUACAGACUUGUCUUGUUGCAUUGGUUAAUUCACCAUACCUGGCUUCAUAGACUAGAGAAUGUCAUGAUUAGCUAUUAAUGACUUGUUUUGGAAGUCCAAGAAGAGUCCUCAGUAUCUACUGCCUGAUUUUUUUUAAAUUCCCUUUG